AUGUGGACACAAGUAACUUCCCUUGGCUGUGCGGGAAGUCCUUCGCAGCUGAAGCCCUUUGCUGAGCCGCCCCAGCAUCCCGACCCUGAUGAGGAGUCCGAUCAGAGGGCACCUGGGAACUACUAUGAGUUAUUCGCUGCCGCUGUAGGCAACGCAGAAUGGUUACGAUUCUGUCUAAAUCGUAAAACUGGAGAAAUCCCCACCGACAGCAAGGGCUUCACUGCCCUCCACUUUGCAGCCCAGCAGUGCAAGCUUGCGUGUCUGCAGGUCUUGGUGGAGGAGUACAAGUUUCCUGUGAACCAGCCCACCAACAGUGGCCAGACCCCUCUGCACCUAGUUAUCCACAGGGACAACAAGACCAUGGUCGUCCCCUGCAUUCACUAUCUGCUCAGGAAAAAGGCAGCUAUCAAUGCUCAAACACAAGAUGGCUGUACCCCGCUGCAUGUGGCAGCCCGCGAGGGCCUGUUGGAUUGUCUGAAGGUCCUGGUAGAGAAUGGUGCCAAUGUUCAUGCCCAAGAUGUCAUGGACUGCAAACCCAUCGACUUCUGCAAAAUAUGGAACCACCGUACUUGUGCUCGGUUCUUGAAGGAUGCCAUGUGGAGACGAGACAAGAAGGACUUUGCCCAUGAGAUGGGGGACCUGAAGAGGCUUAAGGGCAGGCUGGCCCUCUUGGAGCAGCAAUACCUAAAUGAGUAUCAAAAAGAGUGUAAAGCCCUGAAUGACGCUGAAUUCAAGAAGUGGCUCCACUGCAAACUGUUGCUGGCCCGCACCACGAAGCAGAAGCCUAGUGCCUUGACUGCAACCAGUGCCCUCAUAAAGACCAAGUGCCCUGGGCUGCAGCCUUCUAAGAGUUAUCACUCUUUACUGGAGGCACACCUGGGACACCUGCCAGGGCCCACAGAGCCCUCCAAAGCACCAACAUCCUCUCUGUACAGGGCGCCCAAAGCCAGGUGGCCCAAGCUGUGGGACCAAAGCAACAACCCUGCCAGAUUCCCCACUAUGCAAAUAACCUGCCUGAAGGCCAUCCGCCUGGGACUACAGCCAGAGCCCCCUCCGGAGCGUAAUUUAGGCAGUUUUGUGAAGGUGAGUCCCGACAGGCACGGAGGUACGCUGCUGCAUACUGUCACUGGCCACCUGGUGGGGGCCAUACCCCACCUGCCUGUGGAUGUGGUGUUCCAAGAGCUAUACCCCUCACUGCAGCCAUACAGGAUAAAGGUGCCCGAGGGCUUCUACCCCAUCAGCCUAAGGGAUGUGCCCCUGAGGCAGCACCUGGGCAACACCUUCUGGACAGAUGCUCUGGCCAUGAGCUUGCGUGAGACAUUUGAUGAAACCUUCCUGACAGCCCUUCGUGCUCACCAAGGACUCCUGUCCUGCCCUCCCCCAAGGUCUUCCCAUAAAGUGAAUUUGGUAGCCUCUGGCCCUGAGGCAGCCCAAUGA